GGACCGGAGAGUGGUAGGCGCGGCCUGCCGCGGGUGCCCCACCUUCGCCUGCAGACUACCAGGGGGCUCAGACGACCAGGGGGAUCAGACGACCACGGGGCUCAGGCGCCGGCGAAACAGAAUCAGUACGAACCUGCCACUACUGAGAGCAGCUGGUCGAGUGCUUUCCGUCUGUAAAACUCCACAAAGGUGAAGGAUAACGUUAAUAAGCUCUUCCACUGGGUCCUCCAGCCACAUCUCGCAGAAAACCAGCAGUAUGGCUGCAAACAAGAGUAAGAGCCAGAGCUCCCUGGCCCUUCACAAGGUGAUCAUGGUUGGCAGCGGAGGGGUUGGCAAGUCGGCCCUGACUCUGCAGUUCAUGUACGAUGAGUUCGUGGAGGACUACGAACCUACCAAGGCUGACAGUUACAGGAAGAAAGUGGUCCUCGAUGGGGAAGAGGUGCAGAUAGACAUCCUGGACACGGCGGGACAGGAGGACUAUGCGGCCAUCCGUGACAACUACUUCCGGAGCGGGGAGGGCUUCCUGCUCGUGUUCUCCAUCACCGAGCACGAGUCAUUCACAGCAACUGCCGAAUUCAGGGAACAGAUCCUCCGCGUUAAAGCUGAAGAAGAUAAAAUCCCACUGCUCGUCGUGGGGAAUAAGUCUGACCUGGAGGAGCGGAGGCAGGUGCUAGUGGAGGAGGCCAGGGCCAAGGCCGAGGAGUGGGGCGUGCAGUACGUGGAGACCUCGGCCAAGACACGGGCCAACGUGGACAAGGUGUUCUUUGACCUCAUGAGAGAGAUCAGGACAAAGAAGAUGUCAGAAAACAAAGAUAAGAAUGGCAAGAAAAGCAGCAAGAACAAGAAAAGUUUUAAAGAAAGAUGUUGCUUACUGUGAAGGCCCAGGUGCUGGACCAAGUGGGUCGCCACUGAGGACCGAGGGCGGGUUCCUUGAGACAAGACUUCCGUUGACCUCUCAGCCUGUUCCUGUGCUCCCCAACCUCCUUCACACACACUUCUGUAAAUGGGGAAAAAUAUCUGUGACUCGUUGGCUGGCAGAAGAAAUAAGUCCUUGACCCUGCCGUGGGAUGGCUCCUUUGUCAGGAGGUUGCAGAGAUUGAUCUCUCUUUUCCUCCCUAAAGUUAACCAUGAAUGUAGUGCAGGGGUUAGCCAAGUGUAAUUAAAAAGACUGUCCUUGUUUCUUCUUUUUUCCCCCAGUUUGAUGACAUUAGUAUCUCCUUCUUUGAAAUAAAAAUGUCUUAUUAGCUCUUGAGAGGCAAGGAGUGGGGUGAGACUCCCCCUGCUCUUGUCAGCUCCACAGUAGUUCUCAGAAACACCCAUUAGGUUCUAAUUAUGCUGGAAAAUUCAGAGACUUUUUGGAUAAGUCUUCUGGCCAUACCCUGUGGGCUGGAAGCAGAGCUAAAAAAAAAAAAAAAAAGAAAUUUUUGAGUUGGGCCAAGCAGGUCAAUACCAAGCUCGGAAAUCCUUCUCAAUAUGAAAGUUGCAUUCUUCAGAGUUAAGUAUCAGCCAGUCACAGUCUGUGCUGGUUCUUCUUCUGCAGCAUCCUGAUUUUUGUGAAGGAGCUUCUUUUUAAUAAAGGAAGAUUCAAGAUCAGUAUACUUUAUAAUAAAUGAAGAUACAAGAUCAAUAUACUUUAUAAAUGAUACUUUUCUAAUAAGAAUUAAAAAAAUCCUUUGGCCAAAUCCUCUCCUCAUUGCCAGUCGUGAGGUCCCGCCCCUGCUCCUCUACCCGUAACCAGCACACUCCAUCCUGACCAUCUCCUUGCUGCAGAGGCUGAGAGGACCUUUUCUCUUGUUUUCUUUCAGUGUAUCCUCAGUUCUUCUAAAGUACGUGAUGAGUUAAAACUGUGUUCUGAACUCCUGAAGCCAGAGCUGUGCCACACACCUGGCUACCUCUCGUACAAUUGCUCAGUAAAUGCUGAAUUUAAAAUCAGAAGAAGUGGAACAGGAUGAGAAAAGCCAGUGCCCCUUCACAUCUGAGAGCUGGUUGCUGUAUCUAAUAUAAAUUUGUUUCUGAGACAACCAUCUAGUUAAAAAAAAAAAAAGAUUUUUAUGGAUGACAUAUCAUUCAUCUUUUUUGUGUCAAUAUUUUAAAUUCAGCAAUCAGAAUGUUUUUCACCAGGAAAAGAUGACUGAUAAAAACCUAGUACUCAGCAUAUUUUCCCCCAUUUUUCAGAAGUGACAUUUCACAUAGGUGCCAAAAGUGAAUUGGGGCGGGGAGAAUGGGAACCUUUGGAAUUUAUGGUUAUUACAGAAAUUGUAGAAAUUAUGAUCUGACUGGAAAACAACCUUGUUAUCACCUCCCAAAGAAUCAUGGGCUUUUUUCAAUAAAAAAAAGCAGAAAUUCA